CUGCCAGGGUUCAUACCGCAGUUCCUCUGGCAUCCGUGUCUGCAAACACAUGUGCGUCAAAUUUCGCCACUGAGAUGAUGAACAGACAAUCCAAGUAUACAUGUACUACUACAGAUGCAAUCGACGAUUUACAACAGGGCCACGUCAAUGGAGGAUAUGCUCACUACAAACAACACCAACGCAAGGCUCCCGUUCACGACACCGUCCACGACACCGUCCACGAGUUUAAGACAGUUGAUGGUGGUAUAGGGACCCGCCGUUUUUCGAGUAAAGCAAAACUUACAUCAUGGGAAGUACCGGAUAAGAAAAAAAUCCCCCAAAACAGAACACGCAGGAAAACAAGCUAUUAUAUUGCAUUGCUGGUGUAUAUCUCUGUGUUCGUGAGCAUAACCGCCGGUGUAUUAUACUAUACAGUUUCCAGCAUUAUGAAUUCCGAGACAGCAAAGGCGACCGAAGGUCACAAAGACCUUGUUACCACACCUACCAGGGAUAUCGUGACAUUAAACCAAGAUAUGAUAGUAUUUCACGGGGAACUUCGUUUGGAACUUAUUGAAGGGCAAGCCGUGACAUUUUCAACCGAAUUAAAUGAAGCUGGCACCGAUGAAUUCAAGAGUCUGGCAAAACAAAUUGAAGAGUCGCUUGAUGACGUUUAUGUACACAGUAAUCUCUCUGCUCUUUAUAACUCUUCAAAAGUCACAGGAUUUAGGAAUGGUAGUAUAAUUUCAGAAUUUGAUAUUAUUUUCAAUCUGGGCCAACUAACGGACGAUGUCGAUGACUUCUCUGAAACUUCCAGCAUUUCAACUGUUGAUGUAUUUAACAUACUAACCCGGACAGUGGCCGAAUCGGCCUUUAUUAACGACUCGUCUAUCUUUAGUGGUGUUGAUCCGGAUUCGAUAACUAUUGUGAAAGCUAUUUCAACCAAUGAUGUCCGAUCUACACAGUCACUCACCAAAGUUCUGCGAUCUACACAGACAUUCGUUCCCCAGACAACACAAAUUUCGUGGAGCCCCGAUGAAGACUAUGAAUGCCACGAUAUCAACGUCAAUGCAUGUGAUAGUCUUCCUUAUAAUAGAACUAUAUUACCAGUGAAUGCCGUGGAAGCAAUGAACACAAAUGUUGGAUUAUUAUUGAAUAUCGUCAGAGGUUGUCAUCCGGAUAUAGACGUUUACCUUUGUGCCAUGGCAAUCCCAGAAUGCCCGUCACCAGGAAGUUAUCGUCCUCGUUCGUUAUGUCCCGCGUUCUGUCAUGAGAUUCUUGAAGAUUGUGAGGAUGUAAUGACUCAGAUUGGUGUACCCAUUAAUUGCAGUGUGUCGUCGCAAGGUGAUCACGUGACAGACGAGACAAAUACGUGUAUACAACCAAGCAAUUCGACCAAAGCGCUAGAUAGUCGUAGAUGUAAGGACGACGAGUUUGUUUGUGGUAAUGGCAGGUGUAUUCUCAUGGCUGAUGUUUGUAAUCACAAGAACGACUGCGGCGAUUCGUCGGAUGAAACAAAUUGCUAUUACCCGACAUGCCAUCGCAUAGAACUGGACGUUUGCAAUGUACUGCCUUAUAAUACAACGAUAUUACCUGCGAGUGUUGUUAAAGAUCUUAAUCAAAUGUUUACAUUUGUCUUCCAAUUGGCGGGAAAUUGUCACAAACAUCUCAAAUUUGUUAUCUGUGCCAUGACUUUACCAGAAUGCCCGGAUGCUGGAUCUCUUGUAUCACGUCCAGUCUGCCGACCAUUAUGCGAGGAGGUGCUGGAGGAGUGUGGGUAUAUUUUAGAUCAAUUACAUAUUCCGAUAAAUUGCAGCAUGACGCAAGUGGUUCCGGAUUAUCAUGGCUGCAUAGAACCAGACGACACAAUUCAUGAUUAAGAUUCGAUGUGUCAACCAAUUACAGUGGAAACAUGUAACAUAUUGCCAUAUAACCAAACUCUGUUCAUUCCGAACAACGUGACUGCGAAUGUGACUGAAUAUAUCGAAUCUGUCAGGGGUUGCCAUGAACACGUGGAUUUGUUUCGACAGAUAGACAAAUGUUCAGAAAAAUCCACUUUGCUUUGAUAUUAGAUCUAGAUUUGCUACAAUGUGCCCAGUACGCCACUAUUAGUAUUUUCCAGGUUAGAAUAAUCAUUUCUACAAUAUGAUACUACACGACUGAAAUACCAUUGCACUGACAAUAAUGAAUAGUAUUGGCCCCCCAAAUACACAUGGGAUUAUUAUCUUCUCCCAGAUUUGACUAAUACACGGACAAUUGCUUUACUAUACAUCGCCACAUUCGAGAAUGUCUUUUUUAUAUUUUUUUUAUAAUAGUUGGUUACUUUUUUUAAAUUUUUUUAUAUUAAGGAGAAGUUAUUAUUUGUUAUGUAAUUAAGUUUAAGACAUUGUAACGACUUUUUUUACGUGGGUGCU